UGUAAGUUUUAUUUUAAUACAUUGCUGGAUAUUUUGGGGACGUUGAACAAAAUGGUCCUUCGAGCCGGAUGGUGAUACGUCCAGAGCCUGAAAAGCGGAAGUCACGGACUGCACACAAGGGAAGAGUAAAGUCUUCAACUAAGGGUGCAGUCUGCAGCCGGGUGAAUAAGAACAUCUUCAAUAAGAAGACAGGACGCGGCAGCUCAUACGUAACGCGUGGAGUACGAGCCGAAGUCCUCCAUCACCUGUGCCGAACAUCUAUCUAGUCCUCACUAACGUGGUCUAGUAAGAGAAAGUGAAGUGUUUCAGGUUCAAUUGGGAGUACGUUUAUAUUGUUUCAAAAUUUCAACUGGAGAAGAUCAUACAUUAUCGUCUUGCUAAUUUUGGGCCUUCAAACGCUGGAGUCCAAAAAUCAUGGAGAAUUUAAGUAAUUUGCAAUUUAUUAUCAAUAAUACUAUAACAAAGGCUCAAAUCAACUUUAAGAAAUCGCCAAAAGAAAGAAUGACUUCUUCUUACAUACAAAAUAGACUAGAAAGCUUGGAACGUAGUUGGACUACCUUUUAUGAAAAUCAUAUAAAAAUUGUAUCUACGUACACAGCUUCAGAAUUAAAGGAAAAUAGAUAUAUUACUCAAAAUGUAUUCGAAAUAACAGAAGAAUUGUAUAUUGAUUAUAAAACCGAUUUAAAGGAGACCUUAAUAAACAUUGGUGAACAUAGCUCUGAUGAAGCAUCAAAAUGUCAAUCCAAAGGUAAUUGUUUAAAAUUAGCAAAAAUUCAAUUACCUAUUUUUUCAGGAAGUUAUUCUAGCUGGAUUAAUUUUCGGGAUUUAUUUAUAUCACUAGUUCACAAUAAUAAGGAAUUAGAUAAUGUUCAGAAGCUUCAUUAUUUAAAAACGAAUUUGUCAGGUGAGCCUCAAAAUCUUUUACGCUCUAUUCCUAUAACUAAUUAUAAUUAUGAAAUUUGUUGGGCAAAGUUAAAAAAUAGAUACGAUAAUAAAAAAUAUUUAACAAAUUCUAUUUUAACAAGAUUUGUGAGCCAAAGGAAUAUAUUGACAGAAUCAUCUAGCGCUUUAAAAGAUUUGUUAGAUACUUCAAACCAAUGUUUACAUGAUUUACGUAAUUUAGAUAUAAAUAUUGAAAAUUGGGACCUUAUUGUUAUCUAUAUGUUAUCUUUAAAACUAGAUAUUGAAACACGUAAAGAGUGGGAAGCAUUAACCAGUGAAUCGAUAAAUGAUCUUCCUACUUAUAAACAGUUUGAAAGGUUUUUAGAAAAGAAAUUUAGAUCGUUGGAAUUCUUAAAUAAAGAAACUCAACAAAAGGUGCUCAAUCGAAAUAUUUCUGUUAAUUACGUAACUUGUUUUUAUUGUAAGGAAAAACAUAAAUUAGCAAAUUGUAAACAGUUUGUACAAUUAGAUUCAGAAGAACGUCGUAAGUUUGUCCAAGCAAAUUCUUUAUGUUUUAAUUGUUUAGGUGUUAAUCACACGGUAUACGCAUGUCGUCAAUUUACCAGAUGUCGAUUAUGCAAAAGGAAGCAUCACACACUUCUUCAUUUUAAGAAUGUUCCCAAUCCAGCAGGUAGUCACGAUGACAAAAAUAUUCUAGAAAAUAUAACACCGGUUCCUACAAUAUCAUCAGUGAGAAAGUCCACAAAUGUUGUAAGUUGUUUCUCAAACAAUCACAAUCAAGUGUUAUUGCCUACUGCUUUAGUUUCAGUGGAUUCAAGAAAUGGGACUGCUAUGGUUUUAAGAUCUUUAUUAGAUCAAGGUUCUCAAGCGUCGUUUAUAACCGAGUCCGCAGUCCAAUUAUUAGGUUUGAGGAAGGAGCAAAGUAAAAAUUGUAUUUCAGGUCUAGGCGGUGAUCCCAGUGCCUCGAUCACUUGCAGAUCGGUGGUUUUUGUUAAUAUUCAAUCACGUGUAGACCCUAGUUUUGUCUUAACUGUCAAAGCUUAUGUACUUAAGAAACUAAGCUCACUUUUACCAGAUUGCAAGGUAAAGGCUCAAGUUUUAUUGAAUAAUUCGUCUAUGGUUUUAGCAGAUCCAUCAUUUGAUAUUCCAAAUAAGAUAGAUCUUCUUUUAGGAGCAGAAGUAUAUAGCCAGAUAUUGUUGGAAGGAAUUGUCAAAGACCAAUCGGGCUCUCUUAUCGCGCAAAAUACCAAGCUUGGUUGGGUCUUAUCUGGUCAGCUCAUUAAUGUCAACCAUAGCGAAUCAAAUCAAAAAUGUCAUAAUGUUAUAGUCAGCUUACAUACAACACAAGUAAGUGAGAACGAACUAAUUAAAAAAUCCUGGGAGAUUGAAACUGAACCUAACUAUAAUUGUGAAUUCAAGCAGCUCACUCCCGAAGUACAAAAAUGUGAAGAUUUGUUCAUAUCAUCAACCAAACGUGAUGAGUUUGGUCGCUAUAUCGUUCGCUUGCCUUUUAGAUCAGAUAAACGUAAAUGUACAAAUGGUUAUUCAUAUAAAGAGGCUUAUAAGCGACUUAUAUCAUUAGAAAAACGUUUUAAGAAAAAUCCAGAAUUCAAAGCUCAGUGUUCGGCUGUAAUUAACGAAUAUUUAGAUCUAAAUCAUAUGAAAAUAGUAGAAAACGGCUUUAGUGAUAAGAAUAAUUCCGUAUACUUACCCCAUCAUGCUGUUGUUCGCGAGGACAGGAUCACUACUAAGGUGCGAGUUGUGUUUGAUGCAUUUUAUGGUGUGAAUGAUGGAGUAUCGCUUAAUAAUGAACUAUUAGUGGGACCGCGAUUACAGCCUGAACUUCGACACAUAGUCAUACGUUGGAGAUGUUACUCUAUAUGUCUUGUUGCUGAUAUUGUUAAAAUCUACAGGCAAGUGAAAGUAGCAGAUGAAGACAGAGAUUUUCAGCGCAUUUUGUGGCGUGGAAAUCCAAAUGAAGAAAUCCAACAUCUUCGUCAUUUACGAGUAACCUUUGGUGUAUCAUCGGCGCCCUAUUUGGCCGUGCGGUCAUUACAACUAUCUUAUGAUGAAGGUAAUGAAUUUCCUUUAGCCAAACAUCGAGUACUCUCUGAUUUCUAUAUGGAUGAUUUCAUGUCUGGAGGACAGUCAGUAAACGAAGCUGUUGAGAUUAAUGAGCAAAUGUCAACUAUGCUAAAACGGGGAGGAUUUCAACUACAAAAAUGGAUGAGCAAUAAUAAUAAGUUAAUGAAUAUAAUUAAGAAAGGAAGUAAAGUACAGGAGAAUGGCCUAGAACUAAAAAUAGACGAUGUUUCAAAAAUCUUAGGUUUAAUGUACACAGUCCGUAUUCCUCCGCUAGAUACUCCGGUUACGAAACGCAAGGUUAUUUCUGACAUCUCUCGAUUGUUUGAUCCCCUCGGAUGGAUAGCAUCAGCUAUAACUACUGCGAAAGUUUUUAUUCAAAAAUAUAGGCUUCCUCCUGAUAAGUGGUUAUAUGGAACCAUUGUAAAAAAAAAAACAUCCGGGCUUGGACAAUUUUACGCGUAUAGUUACCUUAAGAUGUAACAAUAAUGAAAUUAAAAGACCUGUAUAAUUACUUUAUAGUAGUAAGUUAUUAAGUAAAUGUUAUUUGAUGUUAUAAUAUUCUGUUAACUUUCAGAGAAAUUUGUUAUUGCUAUGUUUUUGUUCUUUCUCUUUUUUUUUUUGGUAUCAGAUAAAAUAUUUUAGUCACUGCAUUGCGAUGGUGGGCGGUUAUAAUUAAUGUAAAACCUUGUUAUUUAUGGACCUAUUAUGAUAUGUCCAUGGUGGGCGGUAUGUUAAUGAUGUAAUAAUUUAAAUUAUAAAUAAAUAUUGUCAUAAAUAUGCCAAUAGAUGGUGUUGU